AUGUUAUUACCUCUCCGAGAUGGGUUCUCCAUAGAAGUUCCUGCAUCAGGAGCUGGUUCAAUGGCCUCUCAUUACCUUUCUGUUGGUACAACUAUCGUUGAGUCUCCGAGGUUGCUUUUGAAUCUGGGAGUACUAUUGGGUUUGGUUCCCUGUGCGGUUGGAGGUAGGCUAGGGACACCCAUUAGCGAAUGGGAAAAGGGAAGUUUCCUUUACAAACAACUUUUGAGGAGGGCUAAGGUGGCUCGAAGAGCUGGUGGUUCGAUUCGAGCACUAUUGUGGUAUCAAGGAGAGAGUGACACGGUGAGUGAAGUGGAUGCGAACAUGUACAAGAGAAGAUUAUUAAAGUUGUUCAAUAACCUGCGUGCUGAUCUUAAAUCCCCUUCACUUGCUAUACUUGAGGUGGCUAUAGCGUCAGCAAAUGGUCCUUACAUCGAAAAGGUUAGAAAAGCACAACUGGGAAUAAAGCUUAAGAACGUAAAGUGUGUGGAUGCAAAGGGUCUGCCAUUGCAACAAGAUCAGCGGCACCUAACAACCUCUGCUCAAGUGCGUCUUGGUCAGAUGUUGGCUGAUGUCUCCCUUCCGUUUUAACCAAUGGUUUCAAAUUACAACUCAUCAAGUCCCUGGCCAUGACGAUGCAUUAUUAAUACAAAAAAUAUUUGUAUAUGUAAUCUAUUUGUGCUUAUAUAAUGUAAAUAUUUAUAUGAUCAGUAUCAUGACAUUAAAACUUAUAGUCGUAAAGCAUUACGACUUUUAGUAAGGAUAUCCAAUGUUUUGA